GCGUCGCAUUUGUUAGUACAAUCAGUCGGGUUUCCAACUCGGCCGGGAAAAGUUCGGGCAAAUUUCAAGAAGCAGCUUCAGACAGCUAAAUUGUUGAAAAUCAAGUCCAAGAUAUCGCAGAAGUCGAAGUCUUUUUUUGCCGGUCAUUCGGAAAAUCGUUAGUUAUCGGUUAAAUUGAAACAAUCGCAUAAUCAUAAUUAUCUUAAACCAAAAAAAAUAAAACAUAACAAAUACAUAAAACCUAACGGAUUGCGAAUUUGUUUAUAUGCCAUAGUUGCUAUCGUGUGCGUGUGAGUAUCUGUGUGAGCGGCGCGUGUAAACAAAAAAUAAGAAAAGAAAAGAAAAGAUAGAAGAACAACGAACGUUGUAUCUUCGGCUCUGAUAAGCUGACAAGUUUGAUAAAAGUAAAAGCCAAACCAUAGUUGUUGUUAACAGCUAGGAAAACACAAGUGCUACUGUAUCGAAACAAAAAAAAAGAAAGGGAAACCCCCCAAACCCCUCCUGUCAUUAUCAUUUCUCGAAAUCCAAACAAAUCGCCGGCUAGUGGAGAAAAAUAAAGAGUGAAAUUCAAGAUACAACUGUAAAUACAGCGGAAUUAUUGGAAAAUCCUGUAUAUAUAUACAACAUGAAAAUUAUCGGCGAUAUCGCUGCAAAUUAAAGCCGUGAAAAAUUCCCUGAAAACAACAACAACAACAAGAGCAACCAACAACAACAACAAGCUAAUAUUGUGUUAAGUAUACGACUAAGUUCUUAUCAGUGUGCGAUCGUCUUCGUCGUUGUUGUUGUUGUUGUAGUUGUUAUUAUUAUUAUUAUUAUUGUUCUAUAUGCUGGCUUAGUUGAGUUGUUGUUAUUGCCUUAGCCGGCGUCGCGUCGGUAUUAGUGUGUCGUCGUCGUCGGUGUGUUAGUGUGCAAACGAGUUUGCAAAUAAAAAGAGAGAGAGAGAAAAAUAAGAAAAAAAAAUAAAUAGCAGUUACGGUGGCAAGUGUUGCAGAUACACCACCAACAACAACAGCAUCAGCAGCUGCAGCAACAACAACAAGUUAGCCAGAAACCAACACACAACCAGCCACAAAAAAAGAGAGAGAAAAAUCUGGAAUGCAUCGGGAUAAAUGAAAUCUAAAUAAAAGUGCUGAAAAUAAAUAAAUUUUAAGUCAAUAAGAAACCAAAAAAAUAUAUAACAAGCGUGUAUAAAGUGUAGAUCAAUGCAUAUUAGCUAUAUAAUAUAUAGAUAUAUAUAUAUAUUAUAACAAAUCUGUAGGCCAAUAACCCAGCGCGAGUGUUAAAAUGCUGUCCCCUGCAGCAUCGGUCAUCGUCGGGAUGCAUAAAUCCAUCUGAAAUCAAAAUUAAACCAAUCAAAAUAGAUAUAUAUAUCUAUAUAUCUAACGCAAAUCAAAUCAAAAUUUCAUCAAAAUCAAACCCAAAUUGUUGUCUAAUCAACAGUUUGAGUUCAUAAAAUUUUCUUCGGCCCCAUCAAACAUUAAAUAACGGCCUCAAAACGGAGUCCCUAGAGUUUUUCCAGUGCAAGGAAGAGGAUUUCGAGAUGGAUAUCCUACCGAGUGGCACAAUCUUCAAUGAGCUGGAGAGGAUCUGCAGCACCGGCUACUUCUCGUCGCAGCCGUCGUUCGAGGAUCAAUGGCAACAGAAUUGCUACGAACUCGAGCGCUAUCUGCGGGAUGAGCCAAAGCUGCAGAAGAAGAUACACAGCAAAUUGGAUAAAGCGUGGGAUAUAUUCUCCACACCCGCCCGCCUGCUCGAAGAGCUGAAGAUCAAGGAGCAGCACCUGGAUACGAUCUCGACGACCUCCUCCGUCUCGUCCAAUUGCUCGGGUAUAUCCUGGGACAGCAAUGGCUCCCAAGCGCUGAGUUGUUCCGUUCUGGUAAAACAGGAGAGGAUCGACGAGGAGGACGAUGAGGUUGGUUGUGAUGAUAAGCUGAGUGCGUUGCUGGCGGCACCGCCAUCGGCCAUAUCACCCAAUCCCAGCAUCGGCAGUGCGGGCAACAUGACGCCAACCAGCAAUAGCAAUAGCAACACCAGCAGCACAAGCAACAUCAUUGCCAGUCCGCUGAGCAGUCUGGGCAGUGGCAGCACCAUCACAGUGAGUUCCCGCAAUAGCUCGGCGCCGGCCAUUAAAGUGCGUGUGGUCCAGGCCAAGAGUCACCCGGGAGGAAGUGCGAGAUUGCACUUGGGGCAUGUCCAGGACUUCGUACUGCCCACGCUCACGCCGCCCUCAUCGCCAGAAUCCAGCCUCCGAAGCCACAAUUAUGCCCAACAACUGGAGGCCAACGAUCUGGCGGCUCUGAUACAGCAGCAACAACAACAGCAGCAACAUCAACCGCAACAGCGACAGUCACAGCAGCAGCAACAUCCACAAGCAAGCAACUCAACACCCACUACAGCAAUCCUGCGUUUCACCAGUCAGAGCAAUCCCACAAUGACGCAACUGCAGCAGCAGCAACAGCAGCUGGCCGUCCAGCAUUUGAGCAUAUCGCCACAGGCCCUUGGCCACAGCAACAACGGCAGCAACUCGCCCAAGAGCACAAGCAGCAGCAGCAGCAGCAGUACCAGCAGCAAUAGCAGCAUCACCAGCAGCAACAGCAGCAGCAAUAGUAGCUGCAACAGCAGUAGCAGCAGCAGCAGCUCAAGCGACCAGCCAACACAUAGCAACAUUCCGCGCAGCACCAUCGUCCGCCUGACAACGGCCAACGGCAAGCCAGGAGCAGCUGGAAUCAGUCUAGCCCGAGUCAUCCAAAUGCAGAACAAUGGCAAUGCCAAUGUUGCUGCCGUGCUCAGUGCAGCCGCCAAUAGUAGCAGCAACAGCAGCAGCAAUGCCAGCGGCAACAGCACCACCAGCAGCAACAGCAAUACCAGCAGCAACCCAGCGAUAUCGCAGCAACAGGUGCUCUCGCAAAGGGCUGAAAAGUCAUCGAAUGGCUCCUCGAAAUCGCAUCACCCGCGCCAACAUCACAGCGAUCACAGCCCGGACGCCAAGCGACGGAUACACAAGUGCCAAUUUCUGGGCUGCAAAAAAGUCUACACGAAGAGCUCGCACCUGAAGGCCCACCAAAGAACGCACACAGGUGAGAAGCCGUACAAGUGCUCCUGGGAGGGCUGCGAAUGGAGGUUCGCGAGGAGCGACGAGCUGACCCGCCACUACCGCAAACACACAGGUGCCAAGCCAUUCAAGUGCCGCAACUGCGAUCGCUGCUUCUCGCGGUCCGAUCACCUGGCGCUGCACAUGAAGCGUCACAUGUGAGGCGAGAUUUAAGAAGGAAAAGCCAGAGGCGGAAUAGAGGAGUCAGAGGAGUAGGAGUUCAGCGGAAACUGUGUGCCAUCAAGGAACGAUGAAAAACUUGCGUAACGCUAAUCAAAACCACUUAAUUCGUGGAGCAGAGAGGGGUGGAAUAAAGGAAAUAAAGAAAAACAAAAAGGGAAAAAUAAGUAGAGGAAAAAAAACAAAGCAAAAACAUCACAACACAUGCACAAAGUUGGAAGGAAAUUCAAGUUCUCUAAUUCUGAUUGAUAUUUGUGUUGCCAUUAAUUGUCGCCGUUAUCGUUUUCGUUAUCGUAUGGUUAUCGUCGUUAUCGUUUCAAUUGCAAAUUCGAUUUGUUUCAAUGCCUUGUUAAGUGUAAGUUUAAGCUAUAGCUAUAGCCUGAUCGCAUUUUCCCCCCCAUUCACACCAUUAGCAUUUAGCCGCAAGUUCUGAACAAACAGCAAAAAUUGUGUACAAUUUACCAAAGCUAAGCAGAUUUCUUUAACUAGUAAAGCAGCAACAACAAAAGCAACUACAAAAAACAGCAAACGCUAGAAAAAAUUACAAAAAAAAAACUAGUAAUUUAAUUUAAUUAAAAAAAAA